AUGACCGAAUUUACUUUAGGAUAUCGAGAAGUAAUUCCAGAUCAAACAGUUUUCGAAAAUUGGCGAGAAAUAACAUUGACUACAGGCGGUACACAAAGUACUCUUCAAGAUAUAAAAGUAGCUGAAAGAGCAAAUGGUUUUUGUUAUGAAGACUCCACAAAGCACCAUACUAGGAACAGAUUCAUCUACUGGAGAAUUAAUUAUGAUGUACUAGAAUUAGUAGAACAUAGUUUGGAUGUAAACCUUACAGCCAAUAGAGUUAGAUACAGAUUCAUCGAUACGCCUAUUCUAGAUGGUGUUUCUAUUCACGAAACGUAUGAAAACAUCAUAGUUUUAGUCCCUACAGUUUGUAGUGUACAUCGUUUGAUAUUUCCUCAUCCCGAUAGGUUUCAUAGACAGGAUGAAUUAUUAGGCAUCCAUCCAGAUUUAGCUUCACCUUCGAUAUUUUCUAAAGCAUCGCCAGUUGAUGCUAGAAAUCCAAAUACUUUUUAUGUUUUCAUCAAUCCAAGCACUGCCAACGACCAACUACCGAACAUAGCCAGUUCGUAUUUAUUGCCCGAAACGGAAGAAGCCUUUUUCAUAUUGGCAUAUCCUUCAACGGAACUUUUACUGAUCAAACAGAAUCCAGAUAGCGGUCAAGUCGUGUGUACCGAGCUCAAAGGCGAAUCCUUGGUUCCUAGAUUUUUCGCGGGUAUAGCGGAAAAAUUUCGACAAAGAAAUUCGGAUAGUGACACUAUCGUAAGUCUGUUAUUUUAUAUUGUUGAUUACGAAACGUACGUAUUGACGUUAACCAGAGAUGCCCAUUUGAAAUUUUGGUCCUGUAGCAAGGGUCAGUGCGUUGCUGUCAUCGACGUUCGCGAAAAAACCGCAGAUAACUCAAAAGAUCGUGUUCAAGGCGCCAUAUUGAGGAAAGCAGUGGAUGGAAAUAGUUCUGAAAGUACAUUAGCAGUGUUUUUAAACUUUGCAAGCGGUUGUCAAUUCCACGUUUUAAAUCCCGUUAUUAAAGGACAAGAAAUUACAAUCGACCGAGUGGCGACUGUUUAUUCACCCGAGAACGACCUUAUAGAUUUUGCUCUUCAAACCAAUCGUUUGUGGUCUUUAUGGAGAUCCGAAGAUGGCGAUAGUGUCGUAUAUACGGCUUCGCUACCGUUGUGCAAGCAAUCGGGUACUUUUAAGUCGACCAGUUGGACGCCGGUGAUUUUGGAAACUAUCCCUGACGCCAAUCAAGCUCCCGCUAAUGAUGGCGAUUCCGAUUCAAGACAGAUUUAUUUGCAACAUAUUUUCCAUCCUGGAAGGUUUCCCUUGCAUAUUAUCAGUAAAGCGUUAUCGAUUUACAAAAGAUCAACAAUUUUGUCAGAUGCCCAAAUAUCAGCAUCGGCGUUAAAACAAAGAAUAUGUUUAGCGGUUGAUAACGAAAUACAGAAUAUGCUGAACGGAGAAAACGUCAACGAUGAUGAAUAUAUCGAUUGCGCUGAUUGGUGCUGGCAAAAAUUUUAUUCUUGUUGCGUUCAAUACCACAUCGCGAGUCUAAAGCCGUUGGGAUUGAUGCUCUUACCGUCCGUAUCUGGCGCGGUAUUUUUGAAAAAAUCUGCUUUUUCGUUUUUAAGACCUCUUGACGGAUUAGAGCACAUGACUCUUUGUAACGAAGAAUUAUACAGAGAUCAGUUCGUCAAUUUUUCAAUGUUAUCAGAAGUUUUAGAUUUAGAUGCGGCAGAGGAUGUUAUGAAUUUGUUUAAAGUAAUAGUUUAUCUAGACCAACAAAUCAGCGAGACGUUUAAUCAAGCUUUCGAAAAGGAAUUAUUUAACCUUCAAGCGCCCGAUGUUGUAAUGGAUGGUUUGUUGGAAAAGAUUCAUAGCGAAAUGGAUUCUCAGUUUUCCUCUCACAUUUUGGAAAUGAUUAACGACAUUAGCGACUUGUACAAGGCCAUGCACAAAGUCCUCGAAUUGUUGAGAUACGAAAGCACUUUAGCCAAUCCCGAUAACGAUAUAAAUCCGGCAGCCAUGUACCAUUUCAGUUCGUUACUCGGAACUUCUGUGGUGGCUGAAAGUCUUAGACAGCAAACUAAAGUCAGAUUUCUAAUAUGCCGUAAUUUGCUGUUGGUGUGCAACGUCUUAUUGAAAGAAAAAACUUUGGAUUGGGGAGUUCUGGAAGCGGUUCGUUCUGUUUGUAUGCCCGAUAUCGUUGUACUUACCCAAGCCAGUUUUGUGGUACUGUGGCUAAGCGGUUUGUCAACGCUUGUAAAUAUGCCAAUUAGCGAGUCAUCGUUGAACAGACUGAACCCGUUAAAAUUGGCUCCCGUACUUAAUUUGAGACCGACCAGCACUUGUACGUCUUUGUUAGAGUUAUUUAUUUGUUCGUCUGGUGGACAAGAAGCUAGAAAAUCUUUCGCUAGAGUGUCUUGCAGCGACGAAGCUCUAGCGCAUUGGCAUUUAUCGCUGUUGCCGUAUUUGAACCACGUCAGACACAUAAUCUGGCCCAUAAGCGGCGGUACGGUUUUAGCUGAAUGGCUCUUGGCUAGCGGCCAACAUGUGUGGCUCCAACAGUACGUACGACUCUUAAGCAAUUGGUGCGAAUGGAACAGUUGUACCAGAAACUUCUUAUUAGCAACAGCAUUUCUUACCACUGGGGAAUUUUACAAAGCUGAAGAUUUAUUCGAAACAGCCGCAAAGGGUGUUUUUAGUGACGGGUUUUUGCAAGAAAGGAUACUAAAAGGUAUGGAUGAAAGUCCAUCUAAGGCUUUCGUGAAUUAUUACUUGAAGGUCAUUCAAUUGUUCGAGUUGCACAAGGCUAGAGAUUGCGUUAUAAGCGUAGCUAAUACAGCGCUGAGUAUCGUGGAACCUGAUGAUCCGUUGGCGGCCACGCUGUAUUCCAUAAAAUUCAAACACCACUUGGCGCUCAAACACUACGAACUCGCGUUCGAUUCGUUGUACUCCAAUCCCGACGCCGAACGGAAAAAAGACAAUUUGAGAGACCUGGUCAAAACUUUAUUAGACGAAAAGAAACUAGACACUCUAUUGAAUUUCACUUACGGCAGCAUGGACGAGUUCUUCGCUAACAUACUCUUAACCAGAGCUAGAGCCACCGAUUCGGUCAACAAUGUUUUCUACGAUUUUCUGUAUUCCUAUCAGAUCAAAAGGGGGCCGCUUUCCUAUCGUUUAGCCGCGAGCGUGAUGUACGAACAAGCAUUCCGACUGAACCACGCGAACAACAUCGACGCGUUGGAAAAACAAGUGAAAUGUUAUUUGGCGGCUAAGAAUGUUUUGCAUUUGUGUCAACCCGAACAUGCUUGGGUAGUUAGACCUGCGGAUCCCGACGAUGAAGACGAAGAAGUCGUUUUGCAACCUUUGGCCGGAUCGAAUCGAGAAAUGCGAGUAUUUAAGCUGAGAAAGCAAGUCGAAGUGGUGGAUAUUGAGACUAUACAAAAAGAACUUAUCUUCUCGAGUGCCAAAUUGAAAUUAGCUAGAUUUAAUACCAGUACUCCGAUUAAUAUAACCAGUCCUGUGGAAUUAGUAACGUUAUUAAAUACCUCUGGAUUAUUUAAAACUGCUUUUGACAUUUGUACAACGUUCUCUUUGGCGUAUUCUCCUGUGUUCGAAACGCUGACCAAACAAUGCGUACUGCUAAGCGAGGAGGAUAACCCCAACGCUUGGAAUUGGUUGGUAGAGAAUGAUUUGCAAGAUCUUCCGGUGAAUCGUGAAUCCGCGUCCGAUGUCAUUUGGCAGUUCCUUCAGGAUUGUUUGGAAAAAUACGAAGAACCUAAAAUGACCACAUUACAUUGCGUGGUCGCUAAGAAGAUAAUUAAUAUGAGGAUAUAUUUGCCUCAUUGGCUUGUAGCUUCGUAUAAGAUGCGUAAUCCAUCAGAAUUGUUGCGAUUGCUGCAUACGUCUGGACGGUUAGAGGAAGCAGUGGAAUUGACUAACGAAUAUAUUCUAUCAGCGAUGGGGUACGGUAAAGAAUUUUUCGGAUUUACGCAACCUCUGGCUCCGACUUCGCCAGCUUUUUGCCUUCCGGUGUACGCCAUCCAGCGGCUGAUAGACGAAUUAAACAUACAAAAUGUCAAGAAUGUUGAACGACCAUUUAUUCAAGAAUACAAUAAUUUGAAGUCGCUGUUUACGAAAUACUUGGAAACCGCAACCAGAGUGUCCAAUCAGAUGUGCCAGACUAAAUUAAGUUCCGGUUCUUUAAAAACUAACGCUCCCAUGAUAGGUAUAAGAUAA